UGGGGUGCCUCGGGUGGGCAGCCCGGCUGGCUCCCUUCUGCCGCCUGGCCACAGCGACCGCGCCGGCACCGGGACCCCUUCUCACCCCGCCUUGCCCGCCGCCCACCAAGAUGCUGUUUUGGCACACGCAGCCGGAGCACUACAACCAGCACUCGACCGGCAGCUACCUGCGAGAUGUCCUUGCACUGCCGAUCUUCAAGCAGGAAGAACCUCAGCUGUCUCCUGAGAAUGACGCUAAAUUGCCACCCUUUCAGUAUGUCCUCUGCACAGCCACAUCACCUGCUGUGAAACUGCACGAAGAAACCCUGACCUAUCUCAACCAAGGUCAGUCUUAUGAAAUCCGUCUACUUGAGAAUAGGAAAUUGGGAGAGUUUCAAGAUUUAAACACAAAAUAUGUAAAGAGCAUAAUUCGUGUAGUUUUCCAUGAUCGACGCCUGCAGUACACAGAGCAUCAGCAGCUUGAGGGCUGGAGGUGGAGUCGGCCUGGGGACCGCAUCCUUGAUAUAGAUAUUCCACUGUCAGUUGGUAUCUUGGAUCCGAGGGCCAGUCCAACCCAGUUGAAUACUGUUGAAUUUCUGUGGGAUCCAUCAAAGAGAGCUUCAGCAUUCAUCCAGGUACAUUGCAUCAGCACAGAAUUUACUCCACGGAAACAUGGAGGAGAGAAAGGUGUGCCCUUCCGGGUGCAAAUCGACACAUUUAAACAAAAUGAAAAUGGUGAAUACACAGAACACUUGCAUUCUGCAAGCUGCCAGAUCAAAGUGUUCAAGCCUAAAGGAGCAGACAGAAAACAGAAGACUGACAGGGAAAAAAUGGAGAAGAAGACCACCCAAGAGAAAGAGAAGUAUCAACCUUCCUAUGAGACAACUAUUCUCACAGAGUGCUCUCCCUGGCCAGAUGUGCCUUAUCAAAUGAACAAUGCUCCAUCUCCAAGUUACAACAGUUCUCCCAACAGCUUCAACCUUGGAGAUGGCAACAGUUCUCCAACCCACCAAGUGGAGCUCCUGCCUCCCAGCAAUGAUCAUCUCCUUCCUUCUGCUUCUAUUCAAGAUGCCCAGCAGUGGCUUCAUCGUAAUAGGUUCUCUCCAUUCUGUAGACUCUUCUCAAGCUUUUCGGGUGCUGACUUACUGAAGAUGUCCAAAGAAGAUUUUGUUCAAAUCUGUGGGCCUGCUGAUGGAAUUCGGCUCUUUAAUGCAAUCAAAGGAAGAAAUGUAAGGCCAAAAAUGACAAUUUAUGUCUGUCAAGAACCAGAACAAAACAGGUCCCAUCUCCACCAAAAACGAGAAAAUGGAGAUAGCAGUCUUUGUGUAUAUCAUGCAAUCUUCUUGGAAGAAUUGACCACACUGGAAUUAAUGGAGAAGAUUGCAAAUUUGUACAGCAUUUCUCCACAGCAGAUAAAUCGAAUCUAUCGGCAGGGACCCACAGGGAUCCAUGUAUUAGUGAGCAAUGAGAUGGUGCAAAACUUCCAAGAUGAAUCUUGUUUUGUUAUCAGCACAUUAAAAGCUGAAAGCAAUGAUGGCUACCACAUCAUUUUAAAAUGACCGUGCUGCACAGAAAGACUUUAACAGCCUAAAAUAUAGUGCCUCACUGAGAUUUCUACAACUUAGACUGGAAACAUGAAGAACCUUCUGGAUAAAAUGCUCCUGUGAACUAAGAAUUACCAAACGGCCUAAGGAAAAACCUACUAUUACAGAUAUACAUUU